CUUUUGUUCUUACGAGCAUAUGCCGCGGGAUGGCGCACUGAAGCCGUAUGUUUCAGGAUUUCCUUAAAACUCGUAGACUCUUUCCUGUAUGUUUUCUCUACACGAUAAUUUUAUACAAAAUCUACUCAACUGCUACAUGGAAAAUGAUCUGAAAAGAGAUGAUAGCUGAGCCAACGUUAAUCAACAAACCAUCGGUUCAAAACGAGAACGAAAUUGUGGAUCUUAAUUCUUCUGGAGCUGUGAACCGUGCCAGUGGAGGGAGAAAUGAGAACAGACAAAAGAGCGUGAGGGGAAAAAGGAAGGCCCGAGAAGGGGUGGAGAAUGCCAAACGCAAGCACCCCAGAACCAGCAAUGGAGGCCUGGGCAGAGCAGAGAAUGGGCGCCCCAACAAGAGGGACAUGGAAUCGGUCACCCUGUUUGAAGUGGUCACCAUGGGGCGGGGUGCCAUCCAGAAUGAUCCCUCACCUCUCAGCCCUUGUGUGCUCUUGGCACAGGCCGUGGUGGAUGACUGGAUCGAGGCCUAUGUGAUGGACAGAGACACCGCUCUCCUGGACCUCAUCAGCUUCUUCAUCCAGUGCUCAGGGUGCAAAGGGCUGGUCACAGCAGAGAUGUUUCAGAGCAGAGACAUUGAUGUCAUGAGCAAAAUGGUGGAAGAUCUUGAUGAGGGCUCGGGGUUGCAGUACAAGAGGUUCAUGGCCUUCCCCUGGAUCCUCACUGUCACUUGGCCCAUGGACGUGGACUCUGGCGAGUAUCCUCUCAUCAUCACCACUCAGUACUGGAAGCGCUUCCGCUCGCAGUUCUGUGAGUUUGUGUCGGUGCUGGUGGCACGCUGUCAGAACUGCAUCAUCUUCGACGGCUACCUGAUGAGCACUCUGAUCUCGCUGCUGACCGAGCUCUCCGACUCGCGGCUGCGUGCCUUCAGGCACACCUGCACGCUGGCAGCGGUGAAGCUGCUCAGUGCCCUGGUGAGCCUGAGCGUGAACGUGGACAACAGCCAGAAGCUGCUGGAGGUGGAGAGGUCCAAGUACCCCGGCCGAAAUGCUUCGCCCCGCCUGGAGCGCAUCCAGAGGAAGGUGCUGGAGCUGCAGGAGAGGAAGCUGGAGCUGGAGAACAUGAUGGACGCCAUCUUUAAGGGUGUCUUCCUUAAGCGCUACAGGGACGUGGUGGCGGAGAUCAGGGCCGUCUGUAUGGAGGAGCUGACGGUGUGGAUGCGCCUGUACGGCAGCCUGUUCCUGAAUGACAGCUACCUUAAGUACGUCGGCUGGAUGCUGCAUGACAAGCAACCAGACGUGCGGCUGAAGUGUGCGUUGGGACUGCAGGGACUGUACCUGGAAGAAAACCUCAGCCUCAAAAUGGACCUCUUCACCAUCCGCUUCAAGGAGAGGAUGCUCUCUAUGGUGCUGGAUAAAGACCACGAGGUGGCCAUGCAGGCUAUGAAGCUACUGAUGUCCGUCUCUAAGUACUGUGACGACGCGUUCUCUCAGGAUGACUUCAAGCACAUGUUCCAGUUUGUCUACUCUUCCAACCGCCCUCUGGCGGCCGCCGCGGGAGAAAUCCUCUACUGCAGACUGCUUGUUGAGCCUGACGUGCUGACCAGGGAGGGGGCCACAGGUGCGGAGCGGCACAGGGACCUAACGCUGGCCAGAGUGCGGGCCCUGAUGCACUUCUCAGAGGAGAGCGAGCUGCACGAGCAUGUGGUGUACCUGGUGGACAGCCUGUGGGAGUGUGGCGGGGCCGUGCUCAGGGACUGGGCCUCACUCACCUCGCUGCUCCUACAGCCCUCUCCACCCUCCUCCUCCUCACCUGCAGCCCAGGAGCAAGUUGUGAGCCCUGCUGAGCUGCGCUUUGUGCUGGAGGUCCUGUUGGCAUCGGUCAGACAGGCUGCAGAGGGACCUCCACUGGCCGGCAGAGCCACAGGCAAAAAGGUUAUCGGUGCUAAAGACAAGAAGAGUCAGCAGGAUGAGUGUGUCGGCCUCACGGCUCACCUGCUGAGGGUGCUGCCUCAGCUGCUAUGUAAAUACUCAGAGGAUGUGCAGAUGAUGACAUCACUACUCAAAAUACCUCAGUACUUCCAGGUGAUCACGUCGGGAGAGGAGCACAGCGAGGCUGUGCAGGGCCUGCUGGCUCGGAUGGAGGCUGCUGUGAGCGGGCACACCGACCAGGCUCUGCUGGAGGCCGCUGCCCGCUCCUACCUGGCGCUCAGCUCCGAAGAGUCCCCCUGGCACGACCAUGUGAUCCCCGUCAUGGACCAGCUCAUCCAGCGCUGGACCGCUCACCUGGGAACACUUUUAGAAGACGUGCUAAAGGAGGGACACUUCACUGAGGAUAAAGAAAAAGCUGAAGAAAUUCUGUCCACACUGAGAAAACUUACUGCUUUCCAUAAUGGUCAACACAUGUCUAAGUGGGGACUGCAUGACCAGGUGUCUAAACUGCUCAUAGCAGAGACCAAGCAUGGAGGACUUCCUGCGGAGGUGGUGGUGGAAGCUCUGCGAUGUGUGGGUCUGUCUAUCCUCUGGAAGCUCCACAGCUUUGGCGAGGUGGCUGCCUCAAGGGAGGCAGUCAUCCGCCAGAGGACCCAGCUCCGAGCCUUCUGUGAGAAAUGUCAUCGCUGCCUCACCCACAUGGAGCAGCAGGUCCGGGAACAGGCAUUUGUGUCCCUGUGUGAUGUGCUCGUGGCCCAUAACUACCAGCUGCAGGUGUGGGAGCCGGCGUCGGGCACCCCUCUGCUCCUCUACGCCCCUGACCCCAAGCUGCAGAAGGCCCUGGUCACCUUCAUCCUGGACCAUGUCUUCACCGGCGCCGAGACGGACGGUCACAGCACCCGGGUCAGUGGUUUGGACACUGAGUGUGGCAGCACUCGGCUUGAGGACCUGCACAAGCGCCGGAACCUGCUGGCUGCCUACUGUAAGCUGAUCGUGACCAGCGUGCUGGAGAUGAGCAUGGCUGCAGAGAUCUUCAAACAGUACAUGAAGUACUACUCUGACUUUGGGGACAUCAUCAAAGAGACGCUGAACCGGACACGGCAGAUGGACAAGAUUGAGAGUGCGCGGACUCUGAUGCUGUGUCUGCAGCAGCUCUACCUGCGUCUGAAGCAGGAGCAGGAGGGUGGGAGCACUGGGCGGCGCUCGGACGUGCAGACCUACAGCAGCAUUAAGGAGCUGGCCCGACGCUUCUCCCUCACCUUCGGCUGGGACCAGAUCAAGUCCCGCGAGUCACUGGCCAUGAUCCACAGGGAUGGCGUCGAUUUUGUGUUCCAGGGCUUUGUUCAGCAGGCAGAGAGGCAUGCUCCUCCCAACAUCACAUACCUCACCAUCCUCAGCGAGUUCUCCAGCAAGCUCCUCAAGCCAGACAAAAAGACUGUGUACAGCUACCUGCAGAAGUACGCGGGUGAGCACACGGUCAACAACCGGGAGGAGUGCUGGAAGCCGCUCAUCUACUACCGCGCAUCCCUGCAGGCCACGGCCGAGGGUGACGACACCGUCUCCUAUAUCAGCUCCGACAGCAACCGGCCAUCACUGUCCAGCCACUCUCGCUGCCCCUCCGUCAGGCACACAGCCUCAGACGGUGAGAUGAAGACCUCAACCCCACUCCCCUGCAUAGAGACCAAAGGCACCAGGCCCACCCAGAGGCCCCUCAGCAGUCCAAUCGAGAGAAAGGAAGUGGAACAGCGCCCUGUGGUCGGCGAAGAGCCAGUGGACAGCAUCUCACAGGCAUCUGAAGAGCCUAGUGUCCAGAUACAACAACGAUGAGGUGGAUGUGGACAUAGUUGUAGGAUGAUCGCGGCGCUCACCCCGAUGUGUUCACUGGGUUUUAGUGUGACUGCAUAUCAUAGGCUUUACAAUGGAUUAGGAACAGGAUUAGGCUUUGGAUAUCUAAUAACUGUAUUAUGAAUUGUACUCUGAAGACAUCGGGACCUCUACACCAUCCUGUCACAAAGACAGCAGUUGGUUUCUCUGAGCUGAUUACUGUCUUAAGUGAUUUGUGUCAAAAAGUUCUUAGAACUCACUUUGAGAACAGUCCCCCACAGGGAACACUGAACACCUUUCAGAAAUGGUUCAUUACAGAACUCUAUAUUGAGCUAUUGAAUUUAAUGCAUAAAAUAUUAAGACUCUUGCCAGGAAACGGUUCUCUGUAGAACACUUAAUAUGUUCAGUCUCUUGCCAAAGUAGAGAUUGUUAGGGGAACCUUUUUUAUUUUUUACAUUUGUGGGGACUUUUUCUAAGUUUUGACUAUGCUAGUGCCAUGCCUUCUUUUUUUCAAUUUCCUGCAUAUAGCUGCAUGUAAAAAUAUAUAUUUUUAUCUAAAUAUACAACAAUACAUUUGGGUUGUGAAUGGGUCUACAUGGGUUUACAUCUUCCUGUACGGUUCUGCUGUAAUACUGUAGACUUAUAUUGACCCCAUAUUGACCAGUAUACAUCCCCAUAAAUAGCUAGCUUUAUUUUCCUCAUGUUAAGCUUUAAAUAGUUGCUGUUGAAUAACCAUUUUUUGGACACAUUUAGGCAAUUGUGCAAUGCUAUGUAAAUAAUUUUCAUAUCUUCUGCAAAAUGCACUCAACUUUAGUACUUUAAGUCCUACUGUGUAUACAGCAGGUUAUUUUGUUUGAUGCACAAAUACACAUUUUAGGGUAAAAGAGGUAUUGAAUGCACUCCUCAAGAGGGACAUGUGUGUAAGAAAUUUUGUUUUUAUGUAGCAGAUGAGCGAACUGUUGGCUUUGAGGCGGUCCAUUUGUACCCACACACUACAGCUUUGAGAGGCCUUUAGUUUGCAUUCUCCCUCACAUGCAGUUGGCCAAAGUCUAGAAAGCAAUAUGAAACCUAAAUGCUCCCAGUGGCCUUAGUUUAAGGGAAUAGAAAGAGGAAUUAGGACAUGACUUAAGUCGGAUACUGUAGCAUGAAAAGCAGUGAGGGCAAAUGCAAACUUAUUCACGGCUCAGCCACUGGUUUGGUCAGGUGAACGACGUCUUGGUAAUACUUUUCUGGGAUAGUCUACCUAAACAGGCCGAUGGUUUGAUGAAAUUCAAACUCAGUCUUUCAAAUUGUGGUCGAACAAUUGGUGAACGUCUAAUCACAACCUCAACCGUAAAUUGUUGCUAACAGAGUGUAAACAAAUAAGUUGUUGAUAAUAUGAACAUCUGUAUAUAUAGUCUAUAUGAGACUAUAAAGGUCAAGUGUGACCCAUGUCCAAGUAGGGGUGAGUAGGAGUAUGUCUGAGUAGAGACGUUGUUGCCUCGUGCUCACCACUGUUCCUUAGUUUAUGGCAGCUCUCUGUGUCCAUCCGUGACCAGUGGAUCCAUGUGCUCUCUGUUCAACUGGACUUUUUUUACCUGUUCACUCUGGUCUGUAAGAAAAUGACUUACAAAAUAAUCUUUCUAAAUGCACCUGUCCUGAAGCAAGGACUGAAAUAAAGCUACGAAGCUG